GUUUCAAGGCAGCUCUGAACCAUCCGAGAAGGCAAAAUGAGCAAAGCUCACCCGCCGGAGUUGAAAAAAUUUAUGGACAAGAAAUUAUCAUUGAAAUUAAAUGGUGGCAGACAUGUCCAAGGAAUAUUGCGGGGAUUUGAUCCCUUUAUGAAUCUUGUAAUAGAUGAAUGUGUGGAGAUGGCAACUAGUGGACAACAGAACAAUAUUGGAAUGGUGGUAAUACGAGGAAAUAGUAUCAUCAUGCUAGAAGCCUUGGAACGAGUAUAAUAGCUGUGCUAAGACGAGAAAUGCGUGAUUUCCAUGUAUCCCCACUCCAAAAGGCCUGUUUGACUCUGAUGUAAAAAUCAGGCUGUGUACAUUUUUCAUAUUAAAUUUUUUUGUUGUUGUUAAAUAAACUUUUGUAAUAGUCAAAAA